CCGAGAGGAGCGCGGGAGCCGCGUCCCUCGCACCGGCUCGACGAGGCCUAUAGGGACCAGUGGAGAUCGCCCGCCGCUUCUUGCACAUCUUCCGGGAGAGAAUCGAGGCUCCGGCACAGGCCUGGGUGUGGUGGUAACACCGGAAGACGACCGGAGAGAGAGGUUCUGCUAUGAGGUCUGUCCUGAAAGACGACAGCUCCCUCCAAGAAGCUGGACCUUCUCAAGCCAGGCUGCCUUGGAUGAACGGAGAGUCCACAUCCUCCCUGGAAAACAUCCCGUUCAGGAAGAAACCAUCUGCCAAGAGUGUCUCCGAAAUCCAAGCCUGGGAACUGAAGGAUCCAGGGGCCUCGCGGGAAUCAUCCUUGGUGUUAAAGAACCUGGAUGCAACAUUUCAGGCCUGGGAGGCUCAGGCUUUGGGGACCCCAAGCCAGGGUAGCCGAGUCCAGGAAAACUCUGUGCCGGAGGCACAGAUGGUACCCGUCAUGUCGUGUGAAACCUCGCCUGGAGAUGUCGCUGUGACUCAGCCGCAGCCUGAGGAGCUUCCCGCUCCCCAGUGGUCCAGCAAGACUGAGUACAUUCUGGCCCAGGUGGGCUACUCUCUGAGGGCAGCCAACCUUUGGAGCUUUCCCUGGCUGUGGCUUCUCAAUGGAGGCGUUUAUGUCAUCAUCUACAUCUUCCUGCUGUUCUUCAUCGGAGUCCCUCUCCUCCUCAUGGAAAUGGCAUCUGGCCAGAAGCAGCGUCAGGGCAGCCUCGGUGUAUGGAAGCUCGCCAGCCCCUGGAUGACUGGUUUGGGUUAUACCAGCUUCCUGGUGUGCAUCAUCCAGAGCACCUUGAUCAAUAUAACCAACUGCUGGAGUCUCCUCUAUUUGAGCCAGUCCUUCCAGUUUCCUCUCCCGUGGGAGAAAUGUCCCUUAGUGAAGAACUCCAGCGACUUUGAUGCUGAGUGCGCACGGACAACACCCUCCAUGUACUUCUGGUACCGGACCAUAAUGAAGGUUCCCAAUGUAAUUAAAAUGGAUGAUCCUGUGUUGCCUAAUAUGAGCCUGUCCCUCCUUGUGAUCUGGUGUCUUACCGGGGCCAUCAUGAUCAAUGGACUCAAAUCCAUUGGGAGGGCGCUGUAUGUCCUGACACUGAUUCCUUAUCUCAUCUUCUUGGGCUUGUUCAUCCGGUUUCCACUGAUGGAAGGUUUAUCAUUUCUCCUUUCACAUUUGCUGAUUUUCAAGGUACCAUCUGCACAAUAUAAGAAUAUUUGCUUCUUAGCGGCGAGACAGGUUUUAAAUUCCUUGGGCAUAGGCCUUGGAUUCAUUGCCUCCUUCUCUUCAUUCAUGACCCCGUCCAACAACUGUCUCCUUGACGCCUUUCUCAUCCCUCUGAUCAACCUUGGCACCUUGGUGAUUGUCACACCAAUCAUCUUUUCUGUCACCAACUUUUGGAUCAUAGUCUCCAGAAGCAACUGCAGUGAGAAGAAUAUUGAAAAACUCAUGCAUCUGGUAUCCUCUGGGGAAUUGCCUCCUGUGGCCAGCCCCCCGGAAAACAUUAUUGAUAAUGCAGCGACCAUGUACACCGAUUGGCUCAACAGCCUUCCCCCUUCUGUCAAGGAGCUGAUACUCAACAAGGUGUCCGACUGCGACACAAAGAAUCAGCUAUUGAAGGUGAAGGCAGGCUCAAGCUUUGCAUACCUGGCCAUCAUUGAAACGAUGUCAUUCAUUCCUGGGUCAGCCUUCUGGUCCAUCCUCUUAUUCCUGGUGAUCCUGACUCUAGGACUCACAUCCGUGGUGGCAGUGGUGCAGGUCAUAAUCACCCCAUUUCAGGACACCUCUUUCUUCAAGAAACAUCCAAGGAUACUCAUAGUGAGUGUCUCUGGGCUCAUGUUCCUGUGCAACCUCUUCUUCGCUAAGCCUUCAGGCUACUACUUCUUCAGACUGCUAAGUGACUACUGGAUCAUUCUUCCCAUCGUCAUCCUCCCCACUGCAGAGACCUUGGCAAUAGCCUGGGGAUAUGGAGCCAAGAGGUUCCAGACAGAGAUGAAGAUCCUGCUUGGCCACCCAGUCGCUCCCCUCUAUUGUGGCCUGUUGUGCUUUUUAUGCCCGUUGGUGCUGAUAGCAAUAUUUGUGGCCACUGUGAUUUUCUUCAGUUACCAGGAUUUUGUUUACCUGUCCUGGAACUCAACCACUUCAAAAGAAGCCUCUCAAGAGUACCCCAGAUGGCUAUACACCUUCCUAAUCAUCUUAAGUAUAGUUGUGUUCCUACCCAUCCCUAUCUACUGUCUAUACUGCUUCAUCCAUUAUAUUUUUUCCCAUCCCCGCACCUUCUAUGUGCCUAUUAGAAUAUCCAAAACGCUAGUCACAAGGAGUCGUAAAAGGUUCAGUAACAGUUACCAGAUGCAAGAAAUCCUGAAGAAAAGAAAUUCCUGAUUGGACCUGCCAGGUGAUAGCCCGACCAGCGGCAGCGACUUCAUUCAUUUCACCUGACCUCACAUGUACUUCAACGCUUUUCUGACAGCCAACUCUUUAUUUCAACUAUGUUGCUAUCCCUCAUUAUUCCCAGAGUGGGAGGCAUUUUUUUUUGGAGGUGGGGGGAUGGGGAGGAAUCUCAUGGAACCAGGCUUUGCUGCCCCCUCCUAAGAUCCAAUCUCGCUGUGAUCACAGUGAUCACUGUGAUCAUCCCCCUACCCUCUCUCAAUAUGUACACAUACAAAACUCAUACACACUGGCAGUGAUGACUACCUAACCUGCUGCUUCUGUUCUUUUCCAUUGUUGCUGAAUAAAU